AUGCUGCCAUCCCCCAGAAUCCGUCAGGACUCCCGCCCAGCGACUUUGCCGCACAAACUAUCCAUGGAAACUGCACCCUCAAAAAAUAAAGCUAUGCCACGUCUUAACUCCCUGGCCCCGGCGCAGAAUGACCCCGCCCUCAGGUCCUCCGCCCAUGCUACCCAUCGACCUGCGAACUCUAUUGGCUCCCACGGAGCACCCCCAGGGGUCAUCACUACCAAACAACUUCAAGAGUUGCAGCACCGUCAUCAAAUGCAGCUAGCCCUCAUCAAACAAGAAGCCCGUGAGCUAAAAGAAGAAAAGGCGUUUUUGGUGGCUCAAAACCUGCGCUUGGAGAGGGAGCUCUGUUUACAACAUCAGCCCAAUGUCCAUGGUAUGGGAGAAUCGAAAAGGGCAGACCCCUCCUCAAGGCCUUCAUUCAGCCGAUCGCGCUCGCAUCCAAAUGCGGACCUGCGAGAUUCUCUUCACUCGCUCAGCUCGAAUUCACCCACCUGCUCUGGCUCUUCAUGUUCUUCUCACCCAUGGGCCUCCUCAGGUGGACCGACCACGCCUAGCUCACUCUCGCCACGAUCACGUCACUCUCGCAACGCGAGUUCAGCAAGCCUUGCCGUUCCAGCUUCUCAUGCUCCGCCGCCUAUGUCUCGACCUAUGUCCCGCCGACCUUCGUUCAGCAGUGCCGGUCCCCCAGCGACGUGUGCGCCCGACCCAGCCUUGCUCCUUCAACGUUUGCGAUUAGCCGACCGACAACAAAAGCUAGCACACUCCCAAAACGUGCUCCAUCCCUUGCGCCCUCUCUCCGUGGCCUCGAACGUCUGCGAAGAAGCUCGCCCGCGGUCUUCUCGCUCAAAUCCCGGCUCUAGAGGCGUCAGUCGUCGCAAUUCUCUUUCAGGUAGCGGUAAUGAUCAACCUCUGAAGGGAAUCUUAAAGCCGUCCACGCCGAUCAGGCCUGUCUCCUCCUGCUCGAACACAAUUGUUGGGCCACCUACUCGACCACCCACCCGCCCAUCGACAGGCAUUGGUUACUAUCUCGACGAAGCUUACGAUUCCAUAACCCGCCCCAGUGGUCAGCGCUCAACCUCUUGCAUCUAUAAUCAACAGCCCCAUCACAAUAGCAUACCGAGUCACAGGAGUCGUCGAGGAAGCUUAGACGUCCACACUGGCGAACGCCCAAACCCUAAUCAUGGUUGCCACUGUUAA